UGUGUGGUGACAGUCACUCGGACAGCCAAUCGCUGCAUGCCUCUGUGGUCAGUCAACAGAAAUUGACCCUAGACAAUGGCGAUGUGUAGCGAAACUGUCCAAGCAGCAGUAAGAGCCACACCCAUAACCACCUAAGAAAGACCUCCCAUUCGAACUAACUCUCACCUGGCAAAAUUAUUCUGCCCCAUGCACCCCCUCCCCCCAUUCCUAAUAUGUAACCUUUAUUGAAUGGAUAUGAGAACAAGUCACGUGACGACCAUUAAAAUAGAGGCGGGGCUACACUGGGCCCUAAAAGUAGUCUGCUCGUGUACGAAAGUAAACUUUUUUUUUGUUUAGGGACAACAUUGAACUGAGGCUAUCCUAAAUGUUUUUCUAUAAAAUGGGAGGUAAGCGCCUUGUUACGCUUGAAAAGAUUUAUUUUCAGGUUGAUUUGUUUCGGGAACAACUUUUGUCGGUAAAUGGUAUCUUCUGUUCAAGAUACUGAAGACGACUUUUUCUUCAACCAUCUGAUUCAUUCAGCAGGCGUUUUCUUAAGGAUUUUUACGGAAUAGCUAGAAGUUUUAAUUUAUAUUUACGGCUGUCAAAUGUUUAGGCCUAGAUAUAGGUCACUUCUUUAUGUCGCCAGAUUCAAUCGACUCACAUUUUGGAUAGUGGCUAUUUAGAAUUUCUAGAUCCCUACAAAAUAGAAGAAACAUAAUAGAUGACCAUCCAGCUGGUGUGAGAACCUCAAACAAUGUCAAACCAGGAAAGGAGGAUAGGGGACGUCUUUGACCCGUAACCCGACCCUCUCCUCUCCACCCUAACUUGUGUAUCUACAUCAUUAGCACUCAAGCCCGCUACGUGGACAACUUCUAUUCAUGUCAUUCCUGUUUACAGUCAACAGCACUCUUCUGUCUGAAGUACUCUUCCUUGUAUCAACGAAGGAAAGGAUAAUCUGCUCAUUGUCAAAUAUAAACAAAAGAUUACCACGAAUACGGUUCCGUGCUUCUCAGAGUGCGUAAUAAUUCAAAGUUUAUAAAUAUGUGCCCUAAAACCCUCUAAUGUGAAUACAGAUUACAAAUAAAUGGAUCUCAAUACGGAGACUACAUGGCAGGUUCAAAUUUUUGUCUAUCAUUACGGAUAACAAUUCAUAAGCAUAAACAAUGCAAGUAGGCCAGCGCACUAUUUAAGUCGACUUUGAGUUACUAAUGAAUACAAAAUAAAUGAUCAAAUGAGUUACGUUUAAACUCUUUCAACAAUAGUGACUUUGAUUUAUAUUACUUUAGAUCAAACAUUAACUCACUGAAAGAAAGAACGAGGUUAUUUCAUUGAAGAAAACCAAAAGCUCUACCCAUCUUAAAAACCCAAUCACUGAUCUAAAUUUAAGUGGAAAAGUUACUCGUAUUAGGAGUAUCUAUAGAUCUACUGUAUUAUUCUUUCAACUUGAGAACGCUUACAUGGCUUCAGCUAACGAUCUAACCAACAUAUUGUCGGGUUCACAUCUUCCCAGUUCCCCACCUGAUUCCGACGCCAUCAAACUGUUACAGUUCUUGGAUACUGCCGCCCUCAGCAUCAAAAUGACAUUGAAAAAGUCUAUGAAAACCAAACGCAAACGACUUUUGAAAGAAAGCCAUGAUACGUAUUGUCGAAAGCGGUUUGAUAAAUCUGCCAGCAAAGUUUCAGACGAUAAAUCAUCGGAUAGAAAAGACGGACCACUUGUAUCACAAGAAAACGCACAGGAGUCUAUCAACUCUUUGUUUGACAUAGAGCCAUUAAAAGCAUUCAAUGGCCUCUAUAAUGGCAACACUAGUACGUAUAAUUCUACGCGUCCAAACUUGGAUAAGAGCCUAGCAUGUAGAGACUUACCGUUAUCUUUCUUUGUUGAACCAGCGCUUAGAGAAAAGAGUCACUCAGUUGCAGCUCUCAAUAAUAGAACCAGAUUUGAGAACUCUUCCAAAAAAAGCUCUAAGACUUGUAAUUCAAGAGUGAAGGAUAACUUUUUACAUUCCGCAUCUGAAGGCUCCGCGGUUUCUCUAGAUAGUUACGAUGAUUCAUGUCCGAAAUCUCCGUCUUUACCAGAAGAUACUUUGGAGUCCAUUCUCGAUCAAGGAGAAAUUAAUGAUCUUCUGGGCAGUCAUGGGUGGAGUCAGGAGAUGAAUGCGGACAAAGGUCAUCAUUUCUUCAUCUCAGACUCUAGAGGAAACAGCACUGGAUCAUGUGCAAUGUCCAUAGAUUUGUCCAGUAGUGCAUCCCCCAGUCCAAGAUCGUUUUCCGAAUCAUCUCGUGACAGCUGGUUUUCCCAAACUUCAGCGCCACCUGUGACUUGUGACUGGACAGAAUCUCAAGGUUUGACUAUACAAGCUUGGUCAGAGAGUCUGUCUCAGACAUGCACUUACUCCGAUAAUGACUGUGUUUUAUUCAAAAGUCGGACAAAUCCAAUUCAGAAGUCAAAAUACCCGCCACACAACUCUGAUAGCGUAAAAGUAUAUCACAUGUACCCUGGAUACAAGCCUGACAAUCCGACUGAUGAUUGUCAUAGCCAUACCGGUAACCCAGCUUCAUACUUCCACUGGACUGGGGCACAAUCCCAAGCCCACCAGACGUGUUGCCCUUCUCAGACUUGGCAUAAAGGUCUUAACGCCGAAACAACACAAUAUAAAAACACAAUGUUGUUUAAUGACCAGUGGUCACAUCAAUACUACCCCCAUCUGUCUUGGUCAUCCAAUGCUCACACAUAACGAUAAAAAGUUCAUAAUUUGGACAUAACAUGACAUUUGAUUAUUAUUUUGUUUUAAUGAUUACAUAUUUAUGCAAGAAAGGAGAAACUAAUCGACAAUAAAAUUAUACUCAUUUGCAGUACAUAUUGUAUUAAUUGCAU